GCAGCAGGAUCCUUCUCAUGCUGCUCCUCCUUUUCCUAGGCUACUGGGCAUCUGCAGCAGUGUUGUCUCUCCCAUCUCUCCCAGUCUCUGUGCAGCAUCACCCACGGAUAGGCCGAGAUGUUUUCUUUGAAUUUUGGGUGAUGCUCAGAACAGAACUGGAAAAAGGCCAAAGGAGGCCUCUUGGGUGCCUGGAAUCCUUGAGCUGCUUUUUCGUUCCUUGGAGGAGGGAUGUAGGUUUCAUUUCUUUUCCUGACAGGCCUGGCCCGCCUUGUCUGCAUCUCCACCUUUCCUUUCUCUUUGGUGGAUGUGGCCUUCCACCUCUGCCGGCACCUCUGAGAAAACUCGGAGGAGCUCCCGAAGCCUCUGGGCACUGCUGCUUGUGCUCCCCACCGGCAGGUUUGCGCACGAACGCAUGUAAUGACAUUGGCCCCUCGGCUUCUGGGGACCUCCUUCACCCUUUCCUCAGCAAGGCCCAGAGUUGCCAAGUGCCCGUCCGGCUCUCACGCACCCCACAAGGACUCUGGAGCUUAGCCUACCGUGGUGGCUGCCAUUAUUUUUUAAAUACACUUUAUUUUUUUUUUUUUAGAGCAGUUUUGGAGCACAACAAAAUUGAGUGUAAGGUGCAGAGAUUUCCCAUCCCCUUGGCUCCAACACCCACGGGGCCUCCCCUGGUGUCAGCAUCCUGUGCCAGAGUGGUGCGUUUGUCACAGCUGAUGAGCCUGCGUUGACGUGUUGUCAUUAC